AUGCUUCAGAUGCCGGCAGCUUCGCUUGCCACGGAGCAAAGCCGAUCCAAUUUGCAGCCUGAGCCAGUCGAGCUACAUGCGUUUCAUGCGAACCUUCUGCGGGGCUUUUGCAAUGACAGUGGUGUUCCAGAAGUUGACGUCCCUUGUCUGAAUGAGCCUGCCGAGAAGCUUACAGCUUCAGAGCUGUGCGAAGUGAAGCGGGAGCGCGAUCAAGCUUGGAAAAGGGCGCAGUCCCUCGAGCACAGCCUAGAGAUAGAGCGCCACACGUCCCGGGCUGUGGCCACAGAAGCGGUUGAGGCACAGGAGAUUUGGGAAGCCCGUGUCGCUGAGUUGAUGAGUGAACUGGCAGAAUCUUCUCGAUUGCACCACAAAUACCACAACUUUGUGGGGGAGCAUCAGGAGCACAGACACGCGCCUUGCAUUCACGAGAAGAUGCUGCUGGCCGUCUGUCAAGGUGAGGAACUCAAGCGAAGGUCACCACCACACUGCCCUUACCGCUCACCCAGUUCCGAGUGCCUGCAGACGCGCUCCUUCGUCUCACAAGGAACUAUUCAGGGAGCGCCCUGCCAUACACGGGAGAAUGCAGAGGUGCUGGAACGGCUUCUGCACAUCACGGAGGAACUGCAAGGGGAGAGCGCUGAGAAGGAAGCGUCCGCCCUGCAGGCGAGGGUUGGAGAUGCUUGCAGCGUGAGUGGGGGUUCUGUAGAGCCAUAG